AUCCAAUUGUUCCUCAGCUUCAGCUCUGCAGCCUCUGCAGCUUUGAAUGUUCGCACACUUUUGUUUAUGAUUUGUUAAGGUAAUCAUGGACGCCGGCUUAAACCAAGCAGCGCCCGAGAAACGCGUUGUUUUAGCGUCGUUGUCCACUGGAAAGUUUUUUGAAAUCCCAGAGAAGGACAUUACAGGUCGGUGCCGAUUAGUUACAGACUUUGAAAAACUGAACAGAAUCGGAGAAGGCACAUAUGGGAUCGUCUAUAGGGCUCAGGACUUGAAGACUGGAGAAGUUGUUGCAAUGAAGAAAGUACGAAUGGAACAGGAAAAAGACGGCAUUCCUGUCAGCGGGUUGCGGGAGAUCAACCUCUUGCUCAAUAUUCAGCACCAAAACAUUGUCAACCUGAAAGAAGUUGCUGUUGGAAAAAGCUUGGAAAGUAUUUUUCUCGUGAUGGAGUACUGCGAGCAAGACCUGGCAAGCCUGCUAGACAACAUGCAAAGUCCAUUUUCCGAGUCACAGGUGAAGUGCAUCAUGAUGCAGCUAUUCAAAGGUCUUCAGUACCUGCAUAAGAAUUUCAUCGUUCACAGAGAUUUAAAAGUGUCAAACCUCCUCCUGACUGACAAGGGCUGCCUAAAAAUUGCUGAUUUUGGACUUGCAAGAAAGUAUGGUCUUCCUGUGAAACCUAUGACACCACGUGUAGUCACACUUUGGUAUCGGGCACCAGAACUGCUGCUGCAAGCCAAGACCCAGACCACAGCCAUUGACAUAUGGGCUGCUGGCUGUGUCCUGGGGGAGCUGCUGUUACAUAAGCCCCUGCUACCAGGGCGCUCCGAGAUUCACCAACUGGAACUGAUCAUUGAUUUGCUGGGAACACCCAACGACAUGAUAUGGCCUGGCUAUUCGAAGCUGCCAGCACUGGAGAAUUUCACCCUUAAGCAACAGCCGUACAACAACCUGAAGCAUUUCUUCCCCUGGCUCUCACCAGCUGGCAUCCGCCUUUUGAAUUUUCUCUUUAUGUAUGACCCAAAGAAAAGAGCCACUGCAGAGGAGUCACUCCAAAGUUCCUACUUCUCUGAACCUCCCUUGCCUUGUGAAGCAGAACUUAUGCCUUCGUUCCCACAGCAUCGGAACUUGAAACGGUCUUCAGUGGGGAACCUUUCAGAAGAAAUGGCAGCAGAGAUCACUUCCUGACAUAGGCAACGAAGAUGGCAAUCCCAAGAGACAACAUUGCCGGUUUAGGCAGGGUGGCCAUAUGAAAAUAAGCCUGAAUGAAUGCUGUCAUGUUCAAGAAUAAGUUCAAGAAAAAUUCAUCUUUAAAGCCCCAUGGAAAUGCAUGCAUCCGUUACCUCAUUUUAAUAAAGUAAAACUACCCUACUAAAGGGAUACUAAAGUGAACCUAUACCUGUCCACAUUAGCUGCACAGAAAGUUGACAUGUGCCGUUUGCUGCAGAGAGGAUGUGGCUGUGAACCAGGGUUCUCCCCAGAAAUUUUCGAGGGGUGGACAUCUUGGGACCAGGAGGGUGGAGGUUAUGCAACUAAUCAUCUCUCUCUUUUGUUUCUCCACACAACCUUCUACCAUUUUGAAUUGUAGUCACCUAUUUUGUACUUUGUAUGCAUUAACUAAACUAACACAAGCCUGCAAAGCAUCCUACCGCAAUUGCCAAAGUUCACCUGGACGAAGUAAUGCACAGCUCUCUGCUGUGAGAAUGCACGCAAAACAAGUGCCAGCGACUCAAAUCUGCGCCUAUAGGAGCACUUUCGUGUCCAAGUGGCAGCAGUAAUGAAUGCAGAGACUAAUUUUUUUACACUUUUCUUGCACUCCUCUUGCUUUUAUCUUUGCAUAACCAAAUUCCGACGCUGCAGCUAUCUGAAGCUCAGAUCCCUCUUCUUUACAAUGGUUCCCAUAUGGCAGCAUUGCGUUACAGAAAAGUUGAACAGGUCGCACAAUGCAGUGACCUCCCGACACCUGAUUUUUGAGCCAAUUUUUGUUGACAAAAAUUUGUUUUUCUGAAUUCUACAUCACUUUUCUUUCUCAUAUUUCCCCAUGUGAUAAAGAAACUACCGAGACUCGCACGAAAAACAAUUGGAAAUUUCGGCUGGUCGACCAGCGCAGUGGGCGGUAAACUGGAGCUGUGGGCCACAUUUUCACCUCCACCCACCAUUAGGAGUACCCUGCUGUGGACUAUAUAUUUGUGGCAGCCACACAACAAUGUAGCCAAGCAGCAUUGGUUGCCAUGGCUACGCUGCGGCUGUCGCCAGCUCCAUUCCUGCCAGCUCGCAUUGCCAGCGCUAACUGAUCAAUCUACAAUGCAUCACUGAUUGAGGGGUAUAAAAAUUGCGAGGGACCUCACCAACUUGUGCAAGACUUGACCAUGUCAUGUCAGGUGGCGGGAAUGCUUUAAUCAAGUUAGGCCUCCUCUCGCACUCCACUGGAGGCUGGUACACUGCUGCGGCAUUUUUGCCACCAGUGCAGCAUGGCAGAUUCUUUCGCUGUCUGGCAGGCAUGUAUCAUGUGCCUUAGUGUGCAUGCCGCAGCGUGCUCUCUGCAUACAUAAAGGUACAGCCACACUAUUACAAAAAUGUGUACAAAGCUGAUCACAUUAAAACACACCAAGGCCUCUUCAGUUACGGCAUUCGGGAAGCCUGCUAGCUCCCAGAUAUGACACCAAGCAAGUUAAAGGGAAAAUCUGAUGCUCACUUUUGCUGGGAACCUGAGGCAACCAAAUCUGUUUGGGGUGGAAGGCAGUGGUUGCUUGCCUGGCAGCAGCAUUGUGUGCUAAGAAGCAUGCUCCUUUGAACUACCCACUCACUGUAAUGUCACUCUUUGCCUUGCUAGCCACGCUAGCCUUGCUUUCCGAGCGCAGUGAGAAGGCUACACAGGCAUUCGUCUGAAUUUUUAGCACUUUUCAUGGCAUAUAUAAGUGUAAUUAUUCACAGAAACUAUCAACACGCAAUCUACACACUGCAUUUAGCUGGUUAUAAUACCCAAACCUGGUGUGUGGCCCUUUAAAUUUUCUGCACUGCCCUCGUGACAUCAUAGGUUUUGACAGUGUGUUUUUGAACUAACAUAGUUAAUUAUUUAUGGAUAAACAAAGACUCGUUGUCUUCUAAAGGAACGAGACACUCAACCUAGCACUUUAUAAACUUUCUCUGCACAAAAACAGCCCUAACAUGCAAAAGUAUGUUGAACUCCAGUGUCAUUCUACAAGGGUUGUCCAUAAAAUAAGGUUCCCAAUGAAAAAGAUGUUUAUUGGCAUUGAAUAAUACAUUUUUGGAAAGCUUAGACUUUCCCCUAUUUUUCGACAUCAGCGCUGUUGAGAUCAAUGCAUCUUCUUUAUGCCUGCAUUGUAGAACUUUCCCGCCGUGCCAUGAAGGUAGCUUAAAACCUCUUUUUCAGCUUCUCUCCGGUUCUAAAAUGCGUCCCACCCAGGUGUUCCUUCAAUUCAGAGAAGAGAUGGUAGUCACUUGGGGUUAUCUCUGGGCUGUAGGGCGAGUGUAUGACAGUAUCCCAUCCAAAUUUGUUGAUGAGAUCGUUUGUUACACGGGCGAUGUGCGGACGAGCGUUGUCCUGAUGGAAACGCAUUCCUUUCGUGAGCAUGCCUCUCCUUUUGUGUUGAAUCGUGCAGCGAAGGUUCUGCAACGUCUCACAGUAGCAGUCCACAUUGGUUGUUGUACCAGCAGGCAUGAAUUCGCACAACAAUAACCCCUUCCUGUCCCAAAAGGCGCUCGCCAUCACUCUGCUAGCAGGCAGUGUUUGUUUGAACUCCCAUAGCUUCGGCGACUCUGGAUGUUUCCACUGACAGGAUUGUUGUUUCAUUUCCAGUGUCGUGUUGUAUACCCAGGUCUCGUCUCCAGUGAAUAGAGUCCAAGAAUUCCUCAUCAUCGGUUUCAUAGGCCUGAAGAAAUUUGCGGACCGCUUCAACACAUUGCCGUUUGUGGUCUUCUGUAAGCAUUCUCGGGACCUACCUUGCACAAACCUUGCGCACCCUAAAUGGUCUGUCAAAAUUUUCUCAAUGCAGCUCUUGCUGACAUCAGGGAUCAUCUCACAGAGCUCCCAAACUGUCACCCUUCGAUCUUUCAGCAUUGUUUCUUCCACUUUGGCAAUCAUUUUGUCCAAAACUGAUGGCUGUCUAGAAUGCUGUUCGUCAUGGACGUCUGUACAUCCGUCUUUGAAUUCUCUGCACCAUUUGCACACGUGUUGUACGCUCAUACACUUUUCCCCGUAGACUUCACACAGCUGGAAUUGAAUGUCCAGCGGCGCAGUAUUUUUUGCACACAAAAAAACUAAUCGCUGCGUAAUUCGCACCUGGCGGCAGAAGCAAGUGGGAGCUCCAUCUCUAAUGGCUGCCAAGCCAAGACUGAGCAUCGCAGUCAGCUCGCCGUGGUGGGGUCUGGGAGAGGGGGAACCGAACCACGCGCCAGUGUCGCCGGAUCCCAUGUAACAGUGUCCCUCACGACUGUAACUCCUUGGGAACCUUAUUUUACGGACAACUCUCAUAACGUAUUGUCACUCCUGUUCAGACGCGAAAAACUGAGUAUCGCAGACAGCUUGCCGUGGUGGGGACUGGGAGAGAGGGAACCAAACCACACGUCAGUGUCGUCGGAUCCGAUGUAACAGCAUUCCUCGUAACUGCAACUCCUUGGGAACCUUAUUUUACGGACAACCCUCGUAACAUAUUGUCACUCCAGUUCAGACGCGAAAAUUCAGUAAGAGAAACUUAGCCCUUUGUUUUCUGUCUUCAUCAUUUUUGUCAAAUAAAUGGAGAUAGUUGAAAGAAUUGUUCAUGAAGUUUCAAACUGAUUUAAUGUUGCUCUUUAGUGUCUAUUUCACACACUUCAAGCUACGCACAUCGCAUGCCAUACUCUGGUUGGCAGUUUAUAUUUCGACCCAUUGCAUGAAGAAUGCAUUGCUUUUUAUGGAAGAAUGAGAAAUUGCACAGCACAUGGUGACAACAAUCAACAAUAGAUCAGCAAGCAAGUUACACAUUUUUACCAGGUAUCUUGAAGUGCGUGAUGACAAAACUGUCAAUGGUUGCAAGAUUCUGCGCAAGAUUGUGCAUCAUCCUUUUGCAGCAGAGCAUGCACAAAUAACAGAAACCAAGCUGUUCACUCAUUUGGUAUGAUUGCUCCUCUUUGUUGCAAGGAAAACUACAGUCAUCAAUCGAUUUUUUCGGACUGUGAGCAGCGACUACCAAAUUGGCAGAAAAAUUUAACAGUGCAAAAAACAUUUUUGAGUAAAAAGAGUUAUACUGUGAUCGAUUCUGCCCGUACAUUUUAGUACAAUGUUACAUGGUUUUUCAUUUCACAUUCACACAAAUUACACGAAGUCUAAGGUCUAAAGGACAUCGUUAUCAUGCAAAUUCUAUGAUGUGGUGACCUACAUCAAUCAAGCGCUCUCUUGACUGGUUUGCUGGCAGACCAUACCAAAAGCUUUAUAGCCACAUGCAAUAUUUCUUUUUCUGUUCCGUCAUCUUAGCAAACUGCGAAGUAUUGAAACAUGAGCACAAAUGUGAUUGCAGUGUAACUAAGCUCUAUAUGUGCUCCUAGCUCAAAAACUAAGCCUCUGUGAAUGAAUCACACCGGUGCAAUCCGCACUAGUAAAUGUUGCCUGUAAUGUUUUAUUAUGUUAGCAUUCCAAGAGAGCUUGAUUGUAAAGGUCUCGUAUAGUACACAUGCAAAUGUUUAAAAAUAAACAAGGAGAUCUUUGCAAACAAACCUGGCUGUCUAUUCUUGAAAGUUGUAUAUUCUAGCCACCAGUAUUGUUUUUAAUAGUGUCUUAAUUAUAUUACAUAUAUACAUACUGGACUUUCCGGACUAUAGGUCACAGUUUUGUUCUUUCAAAAAAAUUUUCUCGGUGCGUCUUAUACAGUUAAACUUAUGCUGUUAAACUUCUACUAUAUGCCUAAACCAUGCACGCUGGCAUGACCAAUAUAAGGGUUUUUUUCCCGAGCAUGCCACAUUGCAGAACCAAUGCAAAUGAUGUUCCUAUAUAAAAGUUAUUCAGAGGCCCACGACAGUGACCCAGCUGGCCAAAGUAGCUGAACUUUUUGACUGUGUUGGGGGAUGAGGCCAUCAAUGGCUUCGAAUGAAAUGCAAUAAGUGUUGGUCGAAGUUUUUUGUGCUAGAAUUUGUGGCUAGUGUAAAAUGUCGUGCAUUGCAAAAGUGCGCAUGAUCACAUUUCACCAUGCUAAUUGAGUUAAAAUAGGUGCGUCUUAUACACCGGUGCGACUUAGGUACUAAUCUUUCCUUCAAAACUUGCUAUAAGUGAGGGGUGGGACUUAUACAAAGGUGCAACUUAGUCUGAAAUAUAUGGUAACUAAAUCAAGUUAGUGCUUGAAGUGUCACAUAGAAAGUUAUUGGUAGUAGCAUUGAGAAGCUCCUCUUUCUGCCAAGUUAUGUGUUGCAUGAAUUGGGACAACAGGGAGCAACAAAAAUAGCCUACAGCUUUUAAAAUGCUACUCUACAGCAUGUACUAGAGACUUGUCCUGAUGAACCUCACUGAACUUCUGGUGUAUUAACGAAAUAAGCCUGAGGGUGAACUUCCCUUCUAGUAUUCCACAGGUUUGUUGACUGCAUCCUAGUUGAGCCUCAGGUUUGCCAUCCAAUUUUUUUCUUUGCUUAGUUCCAUGGUCCAGUCGUCACGAAGGCUGUUUUCAGUGGCAUGAAUUCAUGCUCAUUACUGCACAACACAGUGUUGGGUGAUAUUCUUCAGACUUGUCGUGCUUGUUGCACAAAUGUAAACACUAUCCAUGAAUAAAGUUUUUCAUUCUUUUUUAACAUACUGCAGCUUGACACAGGGCUAUAGCAAGACAAGAUGAUGUACAAAGCCAUAAGCAAAAAAUGUACAUGGCACUCAAAUUUAUUUUUAAUACUUUUCCAGCAUAUUUCAGUAUGGAAAAGCUUAAUGCUUUCACACCACUACAACACAGUGCAAGCCCCUUACCUGAAGUAACUCCAAGAGGGGGAAAAUGUAAACAUAUUUGCCACUCAACCAUAUCAGCUACUGCUUGGCUUUGUAUAGCUCAGUAUAUGGGCUUUAUCAUGUGCUUCACACAAACUAUAUCACUUUUUUUUAAACUGCCGUAGCUUUGUUUUAUUCAAUUCAAGCUCUUGAAGGCACUUUCGAUUUUUUGCAUGAAAGUUGAACAGCGCAGAGAAAAAAUUUUAAUUAAAGAAUUGGCAGCACCCAUUGUGUUCAUUGGUGCUUCACAGUGAACAUGAAAAAUGGCGAGAGUUUCACUCAAUUGAAGUAAAAGUUUAAGUCUUGAGGGAAAUUAUACGCUCACAGCUACAUGUGAAGGAAUAAAAUUUUGCUUAUGUGUUUGUGGCAGCAUUCUCUAAUGCCUAGGUGCGUUAUUUACCAUGUUCAAAAUGUGUUGCAGGGCCCCUUUAAGUAAAUUUAAGUAAAAAAAUUCGUUACUUGCAUGUCGUGAGCCAUGAAAAUAUGGAUUCCAAACUUCAAAUUCAUUUAUGCUACAUGAUUGGAACAACCAUUUUGCAGAGAGGGCUUCUAAAAUCCUGAUGGUAGUUCAUGUUUAGAAAAAUAACAGCGCUAAACAGACAAGGACAUAGGCAAAGAAGAACACAACACUGGCGCAACCAUAAGGUGUCGGUAGUCUCAUGCUAACUAAGUCUUUUAAGUUACUUAUUGAAUGAUCUGGUAAUUACAUCUGAAAUUUAUUUUUAAGAACGAAUAACAGCUUGCGUGUAAAGUCUGAUCCAAAGAUCCUUGUAAAUGAGAUCCUCAUUUUUUAAAGUUAAUUCAGAGGUAGGUGUUAGUGCAGGCAUCUUGGCCUGCCAUUUGAAGUGCCAAAACAGCGCAACACUUGUUGCUGCAGCUCACUACACUCUCCGGCUGGCCCGUGAACAUGGCAGAUGAUCGUAUGGCAGCAGCUAAAUGACCACGGGUUUCGU